UAUUGUGUGAUUAGGUUGUUUUGCUAACGCCGGUGAAUGAACACGACCGCUACGCAUUUCGUGAAGAAUAACUACGCGUUUGCUGUGUUCUGCAUUCGAUUUUUUUUCACAACUUGUUAUAUUUUUCUAGAUAUGAGUCCUGGUGUCCUUAUGACCGGGGUACUUACGAAUGCUUCUCAUGGACAAGCUAUCAAGCUAACAAAUCAGGCCACCAACUCAACGUUGACUGUUGCUUUUGUCACAGAUUCAGUUACUUUGUAUUGCAAAAUGGGAUAAUUGUAGAUAAUGCAGAUCGUUCUGUCUUUGUAAAUCUAUCGCCGUUGUCUAUGUGUGUGGGUUUUUUUUUUUUUCUUUUUCGGGAGUUUGCUAGCUUUUGCACACACCUGUCUACAUCCAAGCGUGCAGACUUGAACAACAGGAAAUUGGAUGUUUGUUUACCGACUCUUAUAAUGAUGGUGCUCCGGCGGCUCCUGAGGAAGCGAUGGGUGCUGGGAGUCGUCUUUGGACUGUCGCUCAUCUACUUCCUCACCAGCACGCUGAAACAGGAAGAACGGACCAUACGGGACCGCAGUCUGCUGGAGGUGAGGGACUUGGAGCGUCGCAUCCCGUGGAAGGUCCGCUUCAACCUGGGCAACAGCAGCCGGCAAAUGGGCCACUGCCGUAAUUCCAUCCAGGGGAAGAUGCUGCUCACCGAUGAGCUGGGAUUCGUGUGCGAGCGCAAAGACAUGCUGGUGAAUGGCUGCUGCAACAUCAACGCUCCCCGCACGAGGCAGCACGUCUGCAAAAGCUGCCUAGCCAACGGCUGUUGCAGUGUUUACGAAUACUGCGUGUCCUGUUGCCUCCGCCCAGAUAAGCGAGCUCUUCUGGAACGCUUCCUGAACCGUGCCGCGGGAGGCUUCCAGAAUUUGUUCACCGCCGUGGAGGACCUCUUUGAACUGUGCCUGUCCAAGUGUCGCACCUCCUCACAAAGCGUUCAGCACGAGAACACGUACCGGAACCCUCAAGCCAAGUACUGCUAUGGGGAGAGUCCUCCAGAGCUCCUUCCCAUCUAAUCGGUGUUCUGGAAUUACAGCAAAGACUUUUGCUGCCUUUUUUUUUUUUUUUUAACCCUCGAAGCACACAGGGAACAAUUUCCUGAGUUACACUUCAUAAGUGAAUCUAUGCCAUUUCUCUCCAGUCAUCCGUGAUGAUCAUCAGCUCGUCGGCAGUCCCUGUUUCAUCAGGACGAGACCAAUAAAAUAACUGUUACCACAUGGCAGGCAGGUUAUGUUUUGAUCGAUGUUGGUUUGUUGUUGUGGAGUGGUAUUAAUGUGUAUUAAGGGUCACAAUAAAGGAAGGACAAUAAUUAUACACGAGGAUAGUAUAUAUAUAUAUAUUUUUUUUUGUGAAACAGUUUUAGGGAAAAGUCUAAAGAUUAACAAAUCCAGUUUGGGUGUCUUUUUAA